AUGCGUUCCCGCAGCUCUUCGAAAAAGAGCGCGGCAAGGCACUUCGAGGUCAAGCACGCAGCAGCGAACGCGGUGUUCCUGGCACCUAACGGCGAUGCCAUCGCUUUCUCCGGCAGCCUCGGAAUGCUGAUGGGUUCUCACGAGGCCUCGACGUCCACUGGCCUGUUGCUGAACAACGCGCUGAGCGCGUUCACGCCGCGCCUGCCCGAACGGUACCUGGGCCACGCCGGCGUGUCGCUCAACUUCGCGCUACCCGGAAAGAGGCCCCUGUCACCACUGGCCCCAUCUCUGCUGCUGGACGCUGCCGAAGGACGGCUCGUCGCUGCGCUCGCGACAUCCGAAGACUUCGAGCUCCCGCAGUACGCCGCCUUGGUGCUGUGCCAGCUGCUGCUGAUGAACAAGACGGUGGCGGACGCGGUGAGCACGUCCAAAGUUCGUUAUCGUGCCAGCCUCAAGAGCGUUCUCUACGACACCGACCUACCACGGGAAAUUGUGCGGGAACUCCGGAGCAGGGGCCACCGCAUGCUCCUCCUAGAGGACAACAUCACCAAUGCCGCUGCCAUCUUCAUCGACGAAGACCACUUUGUCUACACAGCAGUCAACAACCGCGUUGGUGGUUAUUUUGAUGGCAACUGAGUUCCAAAGUGCUACUAUGCCGUCUACAAUGGGUACCCACACCUCGCUGCAGUGCUCAAAGGUGCCACACAAGAACAAUGCAACACUGUCGUCUUCAGCCUAUUACGUCGUAGGCUACCAGUGCAGAAAAAGUUUGGCAUAGUGAAUUUAUUGAAAAUAGAGCAAUGAACUCUAAUGUGUAAUCAUUUUCGCCAAUAUAUUGUUUAGCUUGUAGUCAAUAUGAAAAAUGAAGGCCUUAUGAAAGCUCAUCUAGCGUCACUUAUGCUUCUUCAUUAAGAGAUAUUUUCAUUACUAUUGUUGCAUGGAGUAGAGUGGCUAUGUAUGCCAUACGGCAUUACUUAUAUGCUUCCUCAACAAGGAAUAUAUUUCCCUCACUAUCGUUGUUGUAUGCCACGAGUAACAAUCUGUAUCUGCCCAACAACUUUCGUGAGCUAUUGCUAUUCACACUUCACACAAAGAUAGUUUUUAACUUUUUU